AUGGGCGUACUGAAGCACCUGCUGACGGCCACAGUUGCCGCCUACCUGGUGUUUGGCUUGUUCCGCUACCUGGACACGUCUGUUCCCGAGGGCGUGCCAGAAGUCUGGAACGCUAGGAUCCUGGACGCUGCACUCAGGACUAAUGGAAAACUGAUACUAUCCCUCCAUGAUUUCGGCAUUACCGGCGGUGUCACGUGGUUCACCAGAAAGAUGGUUGACGUCGUCUUGACAACACUCAUCACCGGAAGUCCUUUCGGGAAAGGCGACGACCCAGAACUAAAGAUAACGGACACCCAGUAUAAAGGCGUGGAUGUGAGGGUCUACGAGCCAAAGUCCUGUUCUGGAACCGACAGACCGGUGUUGGUGUAUUAUCAUGGAGGUGGCUGGUCUUGGCUGUCUAUAGAUGUGUACGACCCGACAAUGAGGGUGCUGGCCUUUCACAGAUACCGUCAGUCUCCCGAGCAUGCUCAUGCAAUCCCUUUUCAAGACUGCCUCACCGCCACGGAGUACGUUUUAAACAACGCCGUCAAGCUACAGAUAGAUCCGACCCGCGUAGCGACAUCAGGUGACAGCGCCGGAGGACAUCUGAUUGCCGCUGUGGCCCUCCGCCUGAGGAAGAAGAUCAAGAUCCAAGUUCCGAUAUAUCCCUGUCUGCAGCUGCUGGAUCUCCAGACUCCAUCCUACAUUGAGAACAGGAUGUAUAUCCUCGGGAUGCUGAACGACGUCUCCAUGUUGUCCUACUGGCUGAACUACGGCAACAUUAGCUACGACCAUAUGGACGACAUCCUCGCCAACAGGCACACCUCAUCUGCUGUCAAAAAGUCGAAAUCCGCGGAAAGGAUUAGUCCGAAAUACUACAUGAAGGAGCAUAUUAUCAGGACUGAGAGUUUGAAGUCACCCUGUAAACCCACUGAUUUCGAAAACGAAAAACUCUUUUCGACAAUUGAAGGCACUGUCCAUGACCCAUUUGCGUCAUUUAUGGCCGAUAACGCGGAGUAAUGAGGGUUACCUUUGACCUAUGUGUUAACCGUCGGAUAUGACGUGCUGCGCGACGAUGGACUUAUAUAUGCGCAGCGAUUGAAGGAGGCAGGCGUGGACGUACAUCUGGCGCAUUAUACGGAAGGUUUCCAUGGAAUGAUUUUCUUUUUUGAUGGACCAAUACCAUUUGAAGUAGGCAAACGGGCACUGGUGGAUCUAGUGGUCUUCUUGGAGAAUCAUUUAUGAACGUAGUCUCCGCUGAAUUAGGUCUUUGAUUGCCAUCACAAGGUAUAUUGUAGUUAGGUCAAAAUACUGCGACAUGUGCGCAAGAAGCCUAGGGGCACUGGCAGAUCUGAAGGUCUUCUUGAAGAAACACUUAUGAACAUAAUCUC